GGAGCGAACCGUGGCGCAUGCGUCCUGGCAGCUUCUAUUGUCUCCGCUGGCCCCAGCAGCGAGGUAUUGCUGGAGAGAACGGCCCGGGGCGGAGGCGAGCGGGCUGCUAGGACGAGGUGCUGGGCUGAGCGGCGGGAGGCUCCGCUCCAUGGAAAGGCCCCUUGCGGGCCUGAGCAGGCCGGAGGCUGAGCCAGCCUCGCUGCGGGCUCCGGCGGCGGUUGCCGCCUCGGCGUGGAGGAGCUAGCGCAGAUUGUCUCUGCGGGCUGCUAGCCGAGUCCCGGCCCUGCAGCCAGGCGGGCGGGCGGACCUUGCCUGCUGUUCUCCCGGCCUGCAGCCAGGUGGGCGGAUCUUGCCUGCUCCCUCCGCUCCCUCCAGCCCCGGCUGCGGAUGAGCGGCUGGGGGCCUCUCGGGACCUGGCGGGGGGAACAUGCCGGAGGCGCGGGUGAAUUUUAAUUCCUAGUUUGUCGUCCCCGCCUCCUCCCUUUCGUUAGCCUCCCUUCCCCCCCCCCCCCCGGCCGAGGGGGUGUCUGCAGGGGCUAGGUGCUGAGCGCUCUCGUUCGGGCGGCGGCAGGCCGGGCCGGGCCUGCCCAUGGGUGGCAAGCAGAGUACCGCGGCCCGCUCGCGGGGGCCCUUUCCGGGGGUCUCCACCGACGACAGUGCCGUGCCCCCGCCCGGGGGUGCGCCCCACUUCGGUCACUACCGGGCCGGCGGCGGCGCCAUGGGGCUGCGCAGCCGCUCCGUCAGCUCGGUGGCUGGCAUGGGCAUGGACCCGAGCGCGGCCGGCGGGGUCCCCUUCGGCCUCUACGCCGCGGCUGCCCGGGCGGCGGGCGACCCCGAACGGGCCCCGGGCGGCGGCGGCGGCGGCUCGGGCGCAGACUCCACCUACGCCCAUGGCAAUGGUUACCAGGAGACGGGAGGCGGUCGCCAUGGAGACGGGAUGCUGUACCUGGGCCCGCGAGCCUCGCUAGCCGACGCGCUGCCCCUGCACAUCGCGCCCCGCUGGUUCAGCGCGCACAGUGGUUUCAAGUGCCCCAUUUGCUCCAAAUCUGUGGCUUCCGACGAGAUGGAAAUGCACUUUAUCAUGUGUCUGAGCAAGCCCCGCCUCUCCUACAACGAUGACGUGCUGACUAAAGACGCGGGCGAGUGCGUGAUCUGCCUGGAGGAACUUCUACAGGGGGACACGAUAGCCAGGCUGCCCUGCCUGUGCAUUUAUCACAAAAGCUGUAUAGAUUCGUGGUUUGAAGUGAACAGAUCUUGCCCAGAGCAUCCUUCUGAUUGACCUCCUGGGCAUGCCUGCUGACUUCUCUCUAAGGGCACCUUGCUGUACCUGCCAUUCAUCCUCUCCCCUUCCCACCCGCCCCAGCCGGAGUUUCGGGCUGACCUUUCAACUCCUCAAAAACCAGAAACUUGAAUCCACUUGGAUGCUGCCUAAUUUUUUUUUAUUUUUUUUUUUAUUUAAAGGAAAAAUCAAUACAGGUGAGCCUGUCCCUGCAAGCAGAGCUGCCUUCUCCCCGUACUUUCACCUCCACAGCCACUGACAUGGGGGGAGAAGAACCUGCUAAGCAAGGGAGAGGAAGCGGGAGCAGUGAAUUGUGACCCUGAAAUGAAAUUCCAUCAUGAUGUUUGGCUUAAGGGCCUUUUCUUCCAGCCGUGAAAGGAAAGCUGACCCGGGACGGAGCUGUCAUGGGCCGACUGGCCAAAUGGAGCACGUCUUGUUUAUUCCUAUUGAAACCCAGAUGAAUUCCUGUAUCCCUAGCGAGCGCCUCCGCACUGGGCCGGGCCUGGCACUGCAAGCCCUGCUCACUUUUGCACUGACUAAGGAUUUCUUUUCCCUUUGAGGACACCAAACGGUAAUCAGCCGAACAUGACAGGAGACGAACGGCCCCCAGCAACGGGGGCAGCUUCUGUUCACCUGCAGGAGGUGUUGUAGGUCUGUCUUUAAAGUGUUUACAAAAAAAACAAAACAGUUCAGUGUC